CCCAUGUGACGUGGGUCUGAGCUUAGUGUUCCUGGCCAGAGUCCAAACCUGCCCCAGACUCAAAAGCUUUCUAAUCCCCGAUAUUCCAAAAUGUGGGAGCUGAGAACUCCUCUCAGAGGGUGUUUCUGCUGUUGAUUUAGAGACACAUCUCUCUCUCACCUGCACACUGCCACCUCCAGGCAUCACUCCCCAGACCCCACGGCCUGAAGUCCAGGUGGGCCUGUCUCUGAGCUGCCCAGGACAGAAGAGCCCAGGCUGGCUCCUUAGCUGGCUCCCUCCUCCCAGCCAGAAGCAGCUGAUUGCCAGCUCCAGGCUGCCUGCCUCCAGCCCAGCCCUAAUUGGCCUGAUCUCAGGCUGCCACUGGGGCCAUGGCAGGCGCUGAGAGCAGUGGGGACAUUUUUCCAAGGUAAUGAUUAAGCCGAGUGCCUGGCAAAGGCACAGGCAGCCGGCAGGAAGGUGAGUCCAUUCACACCUUGACCAGGCUGCAGUGGCUGGGACUGGUUUGGGACAGCAGGGCCCCAGGGCACGAGGGCCCCAAGCUGGCAGCCACAGCCUCCCUGGACACCGGACGUCUGAGAGCAUCUAGGGCCAGAGCCGCUGCUGCCCGCCCUGCUGGGCCUCUGCCCUUGCCCCGGCACCAUGAAGCUGCAGGUGUUCUGGACAGGGCUGGAAUACACCUGCCGGCUCCUGGGCAUCACCACCGCUGCAGUGUUGAUCGGCGUGGGCACCGAGACCUUCCUCCAGGGGCACUUCAAGAGCCUGGCCUUCUACCUGCUGUUCACGGGAGCCACUGUCGCCGUGUGCGAAGGGGCCUACUUCGUGGCUCAGCUGCUGGCCAUCUGCUUCCAGUGUCAGCCAGGGUCCCUGGCCGCCAGAGCGAGGGAGAAGGCCCGCUGGCUGGGCUGCUUCCAGAAGUUCCUGGCCUACCUGCUGCUGUCCGUGGCCUGCUUCCUCCACCCCGUCCUGGUCUGGCACGUGACCAUCCCAGGCUCCAUGCUGGUCCUCACUGGCCUGGCCUACUUCCUGCUCAGCAAGCGGAAGAAGAGCAGGGCCGCGUCCGCAGUGCUGGCCGCCCAGGAGCAGUACACGGACCCCUCCAGCAGCGCCAGGAGCACCACCGGCUCCGGGGACACCGAGCAAACCUACACCUUCCACGGAGCCCUCAGGCAGGGGCCCGGCUCCCUCCUCGCCCACAUGAGGUGCAUCCUGAAGGGGCCCAGGAAGCCCAGCGCCUCCCAGCGCCCGGAGGCCCCCACCGAGCUGACUCUGGAGCCAGCUGCCUCACUGCCGAAGAAGCAGGUGCGCUUUGCAGACAGUGCGGCCAGGAUCAUCCCCGCCCUCGCCGCCGGCCUGGACAGCGAGGACAGCGAGCCGGAGCCCGAGGAAGCCAGCUCGGACACCACCCCCAUCAUCCCUCCCCCGCAGGCUCCAUCCUUCCUGUCUUCUCUCUCGGGCAGCAGCCUCUUCUGAGCUGCGGGCUCCAGCUGGGGACACGCUCGGCAAGGGUCUGCGCAGACUGAUGGCCCUGCCUGGAGCUCCCUCACAGCAUGGCCCUCGGGGAGCCCGGUCUUAGGAAGGCCGGCUCUUCCAGGGGUGACCAGGCAUCCUCCGCUGGGCCCCCGGGGCCAUCGAGUGACAUGAUGGGGUGCAAACGAAGCCGUGCUGGCAUAGGUCCUUCCUCCUGGACACAGAGUGAGGAAAUCCUUGUGCUUUUCCCAAUGCGACCAUCACUCCCGCUUCCCACAGGCUGCCUCGGCCCCAGGAGGAGCCACCAGGCUCCUGCUGCUCCGGACACAGCGCCCAGCACUCAGCAAGCCCCCGGACUCAUCACCCAGCUCUGAAGGCCAAGGAUGUGCUGGCAACUUAGCCAUGUCCACAGGCAGUUGUUGAAGGCACCAUAAGCCCCAACCCUGAACUGAGAUUGGGGGAUGGGGAGGGAAGGCCAGGCCGCAGGCCCUGGAGGCAGAGAGCAGUGCCCAGCAGCGGCCUGUGUCCUCUGCUCUGGGCUGGCGCUGGGCGCAGGCGUCACAGAGCCUCUCCGGGAAGCAGCCAGCCGGGUGGUGGUGCUCACUCCAAGCGCACCGCUGAGGGCUCUCUGCAUGGCCACCACACCAACCUUGCCAAGGGCCCAGUAGAUGGUGUGAACAAAAAGAUCCCGGAAGCCAUCGACACCUUUGCAGUGAAAGCCGCUGCAGGAGGCCGCGCCCGCUGCACACAAGGGCCAGAGGCUGUGCCCUGAGACACGCAGCACAGAGAAGUGGCUCUGUACACGGAGGUGCCCGGCAGCAGAACAGGGGGUAGAGACAGGUUUAAAAGGGGAGGGGAGGGCUGGCAGGAGCAGUACUCCCCCCAAGAGGAGGCACUUCAGGAUUUGAGUCAGUCAGAGGAGAGUGAGUGACAUGGAACAUGGGUAUGGGUAGGGGGACCAGCUCUCUACAAGCCAUGGAAGUGACAGUCAACCCAGAUGGAGCAAAGACAUUAGCCAGAUAAUCCUUAGUUAAGGAUUUGCAAUACGGCUUUCAUUUCUAAAAAGUGUCCUUGGGCCCAUGGGAUUGUUGCAAGGAGAGCAAACACACUCUUCUUCUUGGACCAUCUCAAUUAACGAGCAACCCAGAGAGAGGUAACGGCUCCCAAGUUCGUCUGUGUGAGCAGCCACGGCUCCACAGAGCCUGCCUCGGACCACGUGCUCUACGGUCCAGAGAAGAGAUGUGCUCUUUCUUGUAUGAUUUUCAAACUCCCUUCCCCCUCCCCUCCACUGCUUACAGGUUAGUUUGCAAAUGUAUGGAAAUAGCCAAGCUAGGAUCAGUUUGGCACCAAAUGUCCCAAAUAAGCGGAUCUCUUCCUGUAAUAACUCACCUCUUGUGUAAAACCAAGUGGAAAAAAAGACAAACAUUUCCACAAGCCCUCCGUGGUGGAAGUAGUGGAGCUGUUGCUUUAACUGCAAGAGGAGGGACUUCAGGAUUUGAGUCAGUCAGAGGAGAGUGAAUGACAUGGAAUGUGGGUAUGGGGAGGGGAGCUGUGCCCAGUUCCCAAUGGGGAGGUGGCCUAGAUGGGAGCCCAAAUCAGGGGAAGCUGGGCCCUGCGCCUGCCCUGUGAGAAGGGUGGUGAUGAGCCCAGCGCGAUGCAGGUGGCCUCUGCGGACCCAGUGCUCCCACUCCAUUCCCGAAGUCCGGGCAGCAGAGCUGGGUAGGUGGCCAGGUCACGUGCAAGAAGCACACCCGGAGGGGAAUGUGAAUAAACAUUUCUUACGCCCA